CUUGUCAAUUGUCAUCUUACUUCUUUGCUUACCUGCCCCUAUUUCCUUUGCUUUACUUUUCCACUCUAUUCUUAUAUAUAUUCUUCUAGUCUUGUUUAUGUAUAUUGACUUGCAAGAAAACAAACCCAUCUCUUUUUUUGUCCCAUAUUGUGACAUUAACCCAUGAUUUUCAUCAAUCAUCAUCUUUAUAAAAUAAAAAAGGAAAUUGGUUAAUUUUGUUUUGAAAAAAGCUACUCUAUAACCCACACCCCCACACCACCACCCCUUUCUUCACGUUUUAUAUGCAUGACAUGAUAAGGGGAAAUUUCAGUUAAAAAGCGUAGAGUUCAUGAUCGAACAUCCCUUUAUAAAUUCGUAGUUUAUAUUAAUUUUUUGUAGUCAUAUUUGUUUGGAAGUUGGAACCCUUUUUGGCUUCUUUUUCUCUUUUGCAAAGGGGAAGCAUGAACAGCAAUAAGGUUCACUCAAAGAGAACUGUCCUGCCUUUUUCUUGGGAGAGCAAACCUGGGGUGAGCAAGGGUAGAGAUGAUGAGGAGCAUAAGCAGCAUAUCCGAGGCGGGCGCGACGGCGAUGAGUUUCCGGCGAUAAAGUUGCCACCUCCGCCGUGUGCCGAGGACAAAUCCAAGGCCUCAAACUCUACUAAGUCAUCUGAACUUGAUUCUACUAAAAUCCCUCCUCCGCCGUGUCCGAAUUUCCAGCAUCCAUUGAAGAGUAAUUCUCUCAGGAGAAGCUUCAGAAAGAAUGAUGAUCCAUUCCUGAUAGCAUAUAUAGAGUGUACAAAGAGUACUUCUAGGGAUGAUCUUUACAAAAGGCCAUCAUCAACACCAAGCCAUGGAAGUAGAAAAGGUGGGGGUGAAUUAUUUGGGAUUAGGAAGAAUUUGUCUAUUUUCUCUUGUAAGCAUUCAAGUAAUGUAAUGGAAAGUAGCAUUGUUAGGGUGUCCCAACUUCCUGCUUCCAAAUCCCAGAGAUGAAUUUAAAAGAUACUGGGAAUCAUGAAGAUUUAUCGACCAACCAUUUGUUUAUUACUAGAUUGAAUUUGAAUGAAAUUUAUUUCUUAGAUGGCAUCCCAUUUUUGUUUUUGUUUUGGCUGGAAGAUUUCACGGUUGAUCAAAUUAAAUAGGUGAAGGUGUUUUUGUGCAUUAUCUCAUAAUUAGUCUUUGACUGUUAUAGGUAAUUAUCCCGUGCCAAUUGUAAAAUCGUAAACAUUAUAUUGGUGGAAUCCCGAAAAAGGUUAAAACUCUCGCGGAUUUCGAAAAGGGAAGAAAUAAAAACGGCUCCAUGUUAUAUACGCUAGGUGAGGUGAGAAUCGGACUUGUGAUUUCUUAAAACAUGCAGUUAGAUUAAAC